AUCUGCUUCCUCCUGGGGACAGUGCAUCCCCACCCUGUAGUUGGUGGCCCAGUCUGCCAGAGACCCAGGGCUCCGCAGAGCACGCAGAGCACGACUUCCAAAGGCAAAGUCCACUGCCCCUGGGCUCCAUGGCCAGUCCUGGACUUCCACUCCGCGGGUUCAGUGGGUGUGGCGUGCAGAGCCACACUGGCCUUGGGACAAGAUCUACGACAGUCACAUCCUAACUUUCAGACUUCUGUGGCAAGCUACUUGUCAACAAGGGUUUGCUCAGUGCGAGAGGAAGACUGAAGAGCCUCGUGGUCAAGCAGUACCACUUCCCAGCUGACUGAAUUCUCCUGGGCUCCCACCCGCUGGCAGCUAAGGCGUCUCAAUCACCGAAUGGUAAGGUGCCACAGAGCCCAGUGUCAAAUGAGUUAUUUUUAAUAUUGAAAAGAAACGCAGAUACUCAAAUAAAGCUCCCUCGUCUGCCCUACCAGUCUGUCAUGGGUGUUGGGAAGUCUAAACUAGAUAAGUGCCCCCUUUCUUGGCAUAAAAAAGACAGUGUGGAUGCCGAUCAAGACGGCCAUGAGUCAGACUCCAAGAAUUCUGAGGAUGCCUCCUUGUGUGGUUCUGUGGAGCAGAGAAGUGGAGCAGAGCCACCAACAGGAGAGCAGGACCGACCUGAGGCCAAGGGGGUGGGGCCCGAGGAGCAAGCUGAAGAAGAGUUCCUCAAAUUUGUGAUACUUCAUGCAGAAGAUGACACCGACGAGGCGCUCAGAGUCCAGGAUCUACUGCAAAACGACUUUGGUAUCAGGCCGGGGAUCGUUUUCGCUGAGAUGCCCUGUGGAAGACUGCAUUUGCAGAAUCUAGACGAUGCGGUCAAUGGGUCGGCCUGGACCAUCUUGUUACUGACUGAGAACUUCCUAAGAGACACCUGGUGUAACUUCCAGUUCUACACUUCCCUGAUGAAUUCUGUGAGCAGGCAGCACAAGUACAACUCCGUCAUACCCAUGCGGCCCCUGAACAGCCCUCUUCCCCGGGAACGGACUCCCUUGGCGCUGCAAACCAUCAAUGCCUUAGAGGAAGAAAGUCAAGGCUUUUCCACACAAGUGGAGAGAAUUUUCCGGGAGUCUGUAUUUGAGAGGCAACAAAGUAUAUGGAAAGAGACACGAAGUGUGUCGCAGAAACAGUUCAUUGCCUGAAACGGAGCACACACCCGGCUGGCUCCUGCUUUGUAAACAAAAUGAUUCAUCUUCACUUGAGAGAGUAGUUUCUAAGAGAUGCUUAGACGUGAGUCGUCUGCUUCCAAGAGCUCUGUGGCGCACAAGAAAGGUACACUUCUGCAGCCCUAGGACUGGGCUACUUUCGAAUGACAAACUCAAGACUGUCAGAGCUUCUGGCACUUAAAGUUUUCAUAGUUCAUGAAUAUUCUUAACUCAUUUCUUGUGUUGAGCCAUAAACAGGCACAUGUGGCAAAAUACGAUAUUGAAAAUUCUCAAAAGACUUGAGGGAAAUGGCUCUGGCCAGGACAGGUCUGACCACUUCCCUUCCUGCUUCUUUCAUGAAUUUUAGUUACGGCAAAGCAUCCUGGGGCUGUCACACAGAAGCAUGCAGAAUGGGGCACCUGCAGUACUGACGUAAUAAGUUGGAGAUCAGAAGUAGAGGUCAGGGUCAGGGUCACCUUUAGUCCCAGCACUAGGGAGGCAGAGGCAGGAAGAUCUGAGUUCAUAGGCCAGCCUGGCUUACAGAGCGAGUUCCAGAAUAUCCAGGGCUACACAAAGAAAUGGUCUCAGGGAAAAAAAAAAAAGUCAGAACAGUCAGGCUUUUGGAAAUAAUCCAGCCAUGUGUGGUUUUAUUUCUGCUGGAAUUUGGAACUAGUUCCUACCACAAAUUAGCAAUUCUUUCGAGAGUGUGAUAGUGAGGGACUCUGUAGAGAUGGGCCCUCAUCUUAUAGGUGUCUUCUGUGACCAGGGCUUUAAUUCACAGAGCUUGUGAAAAAUAUGUGACUCGCCAGCUGUUUGCCUUUAAAAUCAAUAACCUCUCAUGUUAGCCUUUAGAAAUGUCCCUUGCACACAGUGUUUAACUCGGGGAAUAUUUCUUAUCUAGGGCUAUGAGGGGGGAGGCGGGAGCAUGCAAGCAAACCAGGGAGGCCUACACAGACCUGUACCUUCCCCCUCAUAGAACUUCAACCCAUUUGAGACUGAAGCAGUUUAAACAAGUACAGACGGGGCAUGUGGCUAGGCGAAAGUGCCCACUGGGAAUCAGGAGACCUACUUGCAGUCCAAUCUCUGCCCCUGAGGAUGAAUGUGCCAGUGGGCAGCUAUUCUCCUUUGUCUGUGAAAUAAAAGGGUUGGAUUGAUGGGUCUCUAAA